GUCAGCAGAGAGGACUCUUGCAGAUAGCAUUCAGUGUAUUUGUAGCCACGUUAGCUCCCACAUUAAGUUAGACGACCAGCCUUUCUUACAAGCUGCUGGACGCAACAGACGCAGAGGAGAACUGGCACUUACACAGCGACACCGCGCAAGUAGAGCAGCGGGAGUAACAAGCAAAUCCUCGGGAGGAAGAUAUCGGUGGAGAUGUGUAAUAAGUUACAUUGGACAAUAAGGACCUACCUGGCUGCCAGUCGUAAAACCUGACAGCUGUCAUCGCUCCUAGCUGCUGAGCUAACUGAGCUAACUGAGCUAACAAGUGUUUCUUUUUUUUCGCAGCCUGACUCAGUCUGUGCUCAGGGGGGGGGGGGGGGGAGCGGCGACUUCCACAUAAAGUACGCAUUUAUUAUAUCCUGACUCAUCUUUAUGUUAAUGCCUUGAGUUAGCCAAGGAGCGUCAGAUAUUUAUGUUUGGGGUUAUUUGGAGGUAGAGCUAGUUAGCUUGUAUUCAUCAUUCAGCUAGCUCGCUGCAUUCAUUCAAUUAUCUAAAAACAGCUCCGGCGUUAACACCCAGCUCAGCGAGCCGCUUACAACCCGACGUGUUUGCGACGACACUAAUAAGAGUUUGGACUUGACUCGUACUUUUUGGACAUCGUCGGUAAAAGAAAGAAAUGAAGAAAUUUUUUGACACUCGUCGGGAGUUGGUGAGCUCCGGGCCUGGACCAGGUGCCGGAGGAGGAGGAGGAGGAGGAGGGGGCGCUGGAUCCGGCGGCGGCGGCAGCUUCAUCGGACGGGUCUUCACCAUUGGACGGUAUCAAGUGACCGUGGAGGAGAUCGUCGCAGAAGGAGGUUUUGCCAUUGUUUUUUUGGUGCGGACUCAUCAAAGUAUACGUUGUGCACUUAAAAGGAUGUAUGUCAACAAUGAACACGACCUGCAAGUCUGCAAACUUGAGAUCCAGAUUAUGAGGGACCUUGUGGGCAACAAAAACAUAGUUGGUUUCCUGGACUCCAGCAUAACUGCAGUUGGGGCUGGUGAUGUGUGGGAAGUGUUAAUCUUAAUGGACUUCUGUCGAGGUGGACAGGUUGUUAACCUGAUGAACCAGCGGUUACAGACAGGCUUCACUGAGGCUGAAGUGUUACAGAUCUUUUGUGACACGUGUGAAGCUGUCGCUCGUCUCCACCAGUGCAAGACUCCAAUCAUUCACAGAGAUCUCAAGGUGGAAAAUAUUCUUCUGCAUGAUCGGGGACAUUACGUGCUCUGUGAUUUUGGAAGUGCCACUAACCACUUCCAAAACCCCCAGACAGAGGGGGUGCCAUUGGUGGAGGAGGAAAUCAAAAAGUACACUACUCUGUCAUACCGUGCUCCAGAGAUGGUCAACCUCUACGGUGAAAAGGUCAUCACAACAAAAGCCGACAUUUGGGCCAUGGGUUGUCUACUGUAUAAGCUGUGCUACUUCACGCUUCCUUUUGGAGAGAGCCAAGUGGCGAUCUGUGAUGGAAGUUUCACAAUCCCAGACAACUCCCGCUACUCCCAGGACAUGCACUGUCUCAUCAGAUACAUGCUGGAACCUGACCCAGAUAACAGACCAGACAUCUACCAAAUAUCCUACUUUGCCUUCAAACUGGCUGGACGAGAGUGUCCAGUCCACAAUGUACAUAAUUCCCCCAUUCCUGCAAAACUCCCUGAGCCUAUCCGAGCCAGUGAAGCAGUGGCCAAAAAGAGUCAAUCCAAAGCCAGACUCACAGACCCUUUACCGACUCUAGAAACCUCAAUUGCACCUCGGCAACGACCCAAGGCUGGCCAGGCUCAGCCCCAGCCAAUAUCAGGCAUUCUCCCCAUCCAGCCAGCUCUCACCCCUCGAAAGAGACCCAACAUGGCUGCUGGAGCAACACAGGCCAUAGGUGUUGGUGUCCCACCUCCAGCUUCAGCUGCUGUCCAACCUCUUCAACAGACUCCUGCAGCACCACAGCAAGCUCAGAUAGCCAACUUGCAGCCACAGGCUUCACAGCAGCACCAGCAGCUCCUCAUGAGGCAGCAACAUGCCUUCUUAAGCCCACAGGGUAACCUGCAGCAUCAACUGGUACAGAACCUCCACCAGCAGCAGCAACAUCAAACAGUGUCUCAGGCGUCUACCAAGCUGCAGCCCAAAGCUAAGAUUGUUCCUCCAGUUGCUACCAUGCAAGAGAAACACCAGCAGCAUGUACCCCCUGUCCAUGAAACAGCAGCCUCUCAUCUGACCGCCAUCCCAGAGUCCGCAGCUGUCGACCCAGAGGUUGUGACGGCUGGCAGAGGGUUGCACAAAGUCGGCUCCCUCACACCCCCCUCUUCGCCAAAGACAGCCACUAAGAGUGGCCACAGACGCAUCCUGAGCGAUGUCACUCACAGCACAGUGUUUGGAGUCCCAGUAAGCAAGUCCACCCAGCUCCUUCAGUCAGCCGCAGCUGAGGCCAGCCUCAACAAGUCCAAAUCAGCCAGCACUACUCCUUCUGGCUCCCCCUGCUCGUCCCAGCAGAGUGUUUAUCAUCCAGGUGAUGGUGAUGCCCAGUCAGCCCUUGCUGCACCCAUCUCUGUGUCCAGCUGGAACCCUUUUGGUGAUGAUAAUUUCUCCAAGCUAACAGCAGAGGAGCUGCUAAACAAAGACUUUGCAAAGCUAGCUGAGACUGCUGCACCAGGAGAGAAAGUCACAGGCUCCAUUGAAAAUCUCAUUCAAGGGCUCAGUGCUUUUCCAGCUGAAACAACUGCCUGCAUCAUGGGUGCAGGUUCAGCAUUGUUGACAGUCCAGGACCCCUUAAAUACCAUCUUCCUCCCGGACGCCACAGUGAAAGCAGUGGUGUGUGUGGAUUCACUGAUUCCUGGCUUGGAAGCCCCGCUGGCCCAGAGACAUUCAGGCCAGCCAGAGCUCAUCCCUGUCAGCAUGCUAGACUCACUCACUGGGGAGGACUCUCUGCUGGGUUGUGAUCUGUUAUCUCACUCCUCUCAUGGAAACCAGUCUGUUUCUGCUAUCGCUUCCUCCUGCUCCUCUGCUCCUCCUGGCUCCAGCUCUGGUUCCUGUCUGGAGGAGCUGCAGCCUGCUCAGACAGCUUCUGACUGUUCUCUCCUCAUGUCGUGUGGGGAGAAAGGCAAUGAUGACGAGUUUGACCCUAUCCCCGUGCUCAUCUCCAAAAACUCAAAUCAAGGUGGUCACUCGCGCAGCAACAGUGGCAGCUCAGAGUCCAGCAUCCCCAACUUGGCCCGCUCCCUUCUGCUGGUGGAUCAGCUCAUCGACCUCUAGUGGGGGUGGGAGAGGUCGAAAGGGCAGAGUGCAAUCCUAACAAAGGGACAUGGGGGGGGGGGGGGAUCGAGAUGGGGAAGCAGAGGCACAAUAUGUAGCACCUUAUGAAUUGAGACAGAGGAGCCAGCAUUGAUUGGUUCAGAGGAACCAUUUUUCUUUUAAAUGUGCCUCCUUGGCCUCAGCUCCAUCCCUAGCUGCCUGAUAAGCUGGUUUCAUAUAUCUCUGCUGGCCGUGUGCAUUCCCACGCUGGUAUAAAAUCUUUUCAUAAAUGCUUGAGCAUAUCAUCUGCUUCUAUCCAGCUUCAUCAUGGUACUCCUCAUUCUUUCCUAGCAUUAAUAUCCCUCAUCAAGCGCACUGCUAUGGGGAUCGGCUGCCAUCAUAAGCGCGUCUGAAACUGCUUGAUCACAGCUGAAUUGUGUUCAGUUGGUGUGUUUGUUCGUGGUCAAAGCUUUAUGAAAACACACCACCUUCAUGCAGGCUCAUUUAUGUCAGGGGUCUGACUAAAGACAGAGGAGUCAAAAUGCUGCUGUCCUCCAGGAAAUGUGAUACACUUUCCUGUGAAAGCUUUGAACUGAACUUUUGGCCGAACAGAGAUCCAAUCCAAUAAGUGAACAACUGAGAGAUGUUUGCGCCGAUUGAAUCAGUUUAAAAAAAAAAAAAAAGCAGAUUUAUUUGUGAUUUACUGUUGAGUAAGGAAGCUAGAGAUUUUGUCCUGAUAAUCCAAAGACAAACAUAUACAGUCUUCAGUCAAAUUACACCCCUGAAGUCAAAUCUGUUUAUUUCUUUGCUGCUAUUUCUUUUCCAGAAGCAGCUUUGUAUCUGAGCUAACUUACUAUUCCUAUUAGAGCUGUAGCUUCAGCAUGACUGUAUAGUGUCAUCUCUUUCUGGAGUUUAAACAGAAUAAUAUUCCUCCUAAAACAAACAGCAACAAAAAUAUUCUUCUGUCAAACCGUCACUUAUGAUAAAGUUGCUGUGCCCGGAUGCUUUCACGUUCAUCUUUAUCUGCAGCACUUUGUGAGACAAUUACUGGUUUGUGUGCAUUACAGCUCAUGAACUGACCGUCAUAUCUUUGACCCAUUGUAUAGAUAGAGGAAGAAUCAAAAGGGAAUCACAUUGUUGGACCUGUAGCCUUGCCAAAGCUUAAGCAUAGAUUUCCUGAUUAUUCUGUGUUUGCCAUGUGUCAGUGUGCUGUCAGGGUUGUUACACAGGAGCUGAUUUUGGCAGCAUUAAGCUGUUACAGACACUGAGAUACAUUGUACAUUUAGUUGAGUUAUUGUGUGUAGGCAUGUUGAAAAAUCCAUCUCUAAUUGUCAUCCUCUCUGUCUUGUCUAGCCAAUCUCUUAGAGCCACAUACACUGAGGUCACACGGCCAAACUCAUUUCAGCCAGAGCAGAAACCCAUAAAACUAUGUGUACAUGAAAUCACUGUUUAAUUUUAUUUUUCUCCUUUUUUGACAUUGUCAGCACUUUUUUAGGGUGUUAUAUUUAAAAAGCGCUUCGUUCUUUAUGAUAUGAAUAAAUUGAUAGGUCUUUAUAAUGAAUGUUUGAACUGAUUACCAUUGUGAAAUAUGUACAUUUAUGAGGAUAUAUAGAUACAGAGUAUUUGUGUAUGAAGCUGUAAUUAGUAGUGCAAAGAUUUUGACCCUCUCCUCUGUCCAAAGUCCCUCUGUCUUUCUCUCCAUUCAUGUAAAGUGUUACUGUCAGCUAGUGCUUCUGUUUGAGAUGUUAACAUCGAUACAUGAAACAAAGUGCUUAUGACUUAUCUGACGUGAUAGAUAUUCAUUGUUCUCCAUCACAGUUUACAUUUGAAUUGUUCUUGUAAGUUACUGUAUAUAACUUUGAUAGAUUUCAUCUAAGAGGCAGCAAAACAGGGCUAAUGACGGGAUUCAUUUCCUGAUAUCUCUGUGGCUCCUUCCACAUCUGAUCACUUAAUUAGUCCGAGGAUCAUUACAAAGGCUGUUAGAAACUUCACUGACUCUGUAUUGCAUCUGUAAUGUGAAAAUCCCACCAAGUAUUCCUUUUUACUUUAGUUUUUCUGUAGCCAAGGAAAGUGCAUUACAAAGACAAAAGUCUAUUUCAGGCUAUCAUAUCACCUUAACAUAUACGCAUAACAGACAGAAAACAGUACAGUUUCUCUAACGUGCCAUCACUUCUCCUCUUCUCCUGCUCCCCUCACUAUAACAAAAUGCAAACAUUAGUCUUAGAAAUCUGCCAUACAGUGAAAACUGGCAUGGUUCAAUAAAACUAAUCGUCUGUCUUUCCCUGUGGUGUUGUUCAGUUAAGUCAUUUGCAUCUUUGUGGCUGAUCUAUGCAAUCUUCUAAUAAUGCUUCACAUUAAUCAGACCAUACAGUGCUGUUUCCUGUAGAGUUCCAGCCUUGGCUGUAGAGUUUAACUUGUGUUGCUGUGUACUUGUUGUGCUGGCUGGGUAAAAAAUAUAAAACUGAUAAUAUCAUAAUAUUUAACAUGAUAGGGUAGAUGUUCAUAUGUCAAAGCAGGAGCAUUUUUGAGUGUGUGCUUAUAUUUUUAUGAACUAAGGAUCAAAAAGACAGACACUGAAUAAAAUGAAGUAAUGUGAAUGUACAUCAAGA